AGAAGUAAAUAUAUGAGCCGAUUUCCGUGUGCAAUGGUAAAUACUCAGCAGGACGAAUAAUCAUAGUACAACUUAAUAACAAAUUAAACAACUUCCUGUUUGGAAAAAAGUUUCGCAAAAAACUUGUUAAAGUUUAAGAAGUGGUAACCGAAUCAAUAUUUCUGUGUAUAAUGAAAUCCUGUAUAAGAAGAUGAAGCCUGGAAGUAACGGACAUAUUCAGAGGGAGGACAUCAUGAUGAAUCUCCUCGACGAUUCAUCGGAGACUGAUGAACUCCAGCUGCCUCCUCUAAAGGGGAAGAAGCAAGUUAGAAGGAAGCGGAACCCUUAUGCUGCCUCUUCCUCUACUGGUGGUGGUGUGUGUAACUGGUGGCAGUUCAUCAAGAUGCUGGUAGUCUUGUUACUGGUAUGCUCUGUGACAGUCAUGGGUUUUAUCACAGUAUGGCUUUCCAAUCAAGUGAAGGACCUUCAGCAACAGCUAAAUCAAGUGAAAGGUCAUAGUCUGCAAACCACAAUGGAUGACUUACAGCAACAAAUGCAGAAUGACAUUAAAAAAGCACUAGUCAACGUCACCAAAAGCCCACAAGAAAUAGAAGCCAUUAAGCAGCGCAUGACAACACUCAGUAAUAAAAUGGACACAUUGAGCACAGCCAUUGCAGCAGUAGGAAAUAGUCAACCAGGCAGUAAACAGAUAGUUAAUGAAGUCAAUACACUCACCACACAAGUUCCAGUCAUAUCAAAAACUGUUGCUAAUUUAGGAGUUGAUGUCAAGACUAUGAAGUCAACAGUAGAUGACUUAAUAAACUUCAAGAAAAGUGUUGAAAAAGAGUUGGCAGAAAUAAAACUUCAUCAACAGACUGAUAAUGGUGGGCGUGAAUCUGGAGGUCGAGAGUCAUCACAUGUCGACCUUGACACAGAUAUGUCAACUAAAAUACAGAAACUGGGAGAUAUGAUUCAGUUAGUAAAUAACUCUUUAUGGACAGAGCUGCCUAAAAUUCAGUCCAAGCUGUCAAGUCAUGAGGUUUACUUGAUAGCACUGCAGAACAUCACUGCUAACUUACAGAAAAAUUUAACGUCCUUGACUGGAGAUCAUUCCUCUAUUAUGAAAGAUCACAAAGACAUGGGUGAUGGUCCAAGGGAGGGAACUGAGCAGACCAAGAUUCUCAUACAUCAAGUGAUAGAGGACAUGGGUCUAGCCAAUCAGACGAGUCCUUCUAAGUCUUUGGACGACUUAUCACUGAAGAUUGAUGACAUAACAGCUAGUAUUGGUACACUGAAGAGUCAGUUCAAAUCGAUGAAAGAGUCUCAGAAUGGUUUUGGUUUGACUGAUGCUGAUUCCAUUAAAACAAGUUUACAGGCUUUGAACCAUUCUGUCGAAGUUCUAAAGUCUGACUUCCACACACUUAUGAGUAAAGUAACCAAGCAGUCCAAUGCAGUGACUAAACUCACAAAGACAGUUGAGGUUUUACAGCAUUUCUCUGCCUCACUCGACAAAGACCACAGAGAUAUGCUGAAAGGACAGAUGACAACAACUAUUCCAGCUAUCCCUGAAAUCAAAACAACAGCUACAUCCAGUGCAAAACUGUCAUCAGAAAAAGUAACAACACAGAAACUACCUAUUCCAACUACUUUAGCUCCAAAUCCAGGUGAUAAAAAAUCAGGGAGUGUGGGAAGUAAGCCUCCCCAGGCAAUAACAGAUGGACAUGUGACCGUUACAUUACCGGUGAAUGAGCUGGUGCUGAAUGGGGUCAACAGCACGGACGAUAAAAAUAUCAUGCUAUAUCACUGGGAACAAAAAAAUGGGCCAUCAAAAUUAAAACUGACCGAACAAGAUGAGGCUAUAGCUACAGCGACUGGUCACAUUGUUGCUGGGCAGUAUGUGUUUGAACUCCAAGUUUGGGAUGAUGAGAACCUCACUAGUAAAGCACAGCUGACUGUAGACGUCAAAGACAAGGACUCAGAUGGAGAUUCUCUCAAGACUUCAACCAAGAGUGCAUCUUCAACCCCUCCAGCACCAUUACAUAAGUAUAUUGAUAUGUCCCUUGUGAAAACAUACAAGGACUUGGACCUGGGCGUCCGCCGCUGGGACAAGGAUGGGGAUGGACUGGUUGAUGCCGAGGAUCUUAAAGAUUACAUGCCAGAUCCACCCUCACCACAGCAGCUGGAGAAAUUCGACUUUAAUCACGACGGACUGUACAAUAUAGACGAACUGGCUGUCGCUCUGGGGUUCCAGCCCUGGCCUAAAGAUCAACCCCAGCCUGUAGGUAAUGGAGAAAAACACUAGAGAAUGUCUACAACAUUCCAACGAGAUGUUACAUGAACAAGAAUAGUGUGUGCCAUGUUGUAGAGUGGGCAUGAAGAUGUAGAGGUUAUCUGUGAUAAUUUUUUUGUUUCAAUUUUAAUCAUGUUACAUCAUGUUGUCUCAUUUUGAUACACAUGUAAUAAAUAAUACAGGCCCUUAGGAAACAGAAGGAGGGAUGAUUUUGUCAGUAUAUACUUUCUUUCGAUUGAAAGUCAGGCUUAUUUACUGUAAUGUGCUCUCAGAAAUUUUUUGACAUAAUGUUCAAAUACAUAACUACAUGUACAUAAAUAGAAUACGUAUUUAUUUGUAGGCCUUCUCAAGUACAUCUGAUGAUCCCCCUUUUUUUUUUAACUUUUAAGAAAUUCUGUAGGUUGUUUUCCCAGAAAUUUGCUUCCUAUGGCCUGUAUUAAGAUAGUGUUGUAAUUAUAUUUAGUAAUAAAUAUUAGACUCAAAAAGAAAACAAAAAAAAAAUUAUUACAUGUAGUUUGAUUUCAGUAUUAGCUUUUCUUGCAAUUAUGAUUACUCUUAACCUAUCAUAAUUUGCUACAAGUUUUAUUUGUGAUUUUUAUCAGUUUAAAAUCCAGCCUCACUUUUACCUAUAUAAAAGCUUUUUGAGACAGAUAAAACUGGUAUUCAUGUGUAAAUUUCACUUGCAAAUAAAGUUUGGUUUAUGGUAUACAGGUACAUGGUAAACAUGUAUAUUAUUUCAGUAUACAAUAAAACAUGCUUAUAACGAAGCACCAGGGACAAAUGAUUUCACUGCGUUAUAAGCAUAAUUCAUUAUAGCCUUUAAGUUUAUAAUAUUUUGAAGUCAUCUCAUGGGGGAAUGAAAAUCACUUCAUUUUAAGCAUCAAUUUGUUGUUAGCGUGCUCGCUAUAACCACGUUGUACUGUACCUAUUUAAUGGCUCAUUACUUAUAAUUUCAAAAGAUAUUUAUGCUACUGUUUAAGUGAAUUUAAGAUUAUUUUACGUUUUCUUAUAAAUUAAUUGUCUUCAUGAGUUUAUAGGUAUCAAAUUCAAAUGAAACAAUGUAUCAUUCCAUUCAAUUUCUGUUUUAUUUUGUUGUGAAAGAAGAAAAUUGUAGUUCAUAUUCAUUUCCCUUUUUCCCCACGAAAGCAAAUUUUCAAUUUUUGAAUACCCCCCAAUGUGAUGAAUAUUUACAUGUAAAUAUAAUCCCAUAAACAUUGAUUAAGUGCAACGUAAUAGACCUGUGAUUCUGUUGUGCCAAUGUGAAUGUUCUCUCAUCAUGUGGUGUAUGUAUUGUUAUUAUUAAAUUGUUACACCCAUGAGGUUCUGCAUGUUGUCAAUCACGUGUACCGAGCAAAACAGAAAAUUUAAAUAAAAAAAUCUAAAAUGUUAGGAUGUAUUUUUGUACUUAAAUCAGGUUUCAGAAUAUGUAACAUUUUGUGAUUCAGGUAGCAACUCAUUGCAAGUCAAUGUUACACAUGUUAUAUUUUGAUUUUUGUCAAUUUGCUUUUUAUGUACCGAGGAAUCAUACGUUGUCAAAGCAUAAAAUGUGGAAGUGCAUGUGUACUGAGAUUAAUGUUUUCAUGCUUCACUGAUCCAUUACUGUAUUCAUCAUUACUCAGCUUUGAUAUGAAGUGUUAUGUUUGCUAAAUUGUAAGGAAAUAGCAUCAUUGUAGUUGUUAGGUACAUGUAUUUUCAAAAGAUAUCAUUACAAUUGAACUAUUUAUUUAUUUUUUUGUUUGUAACAAAAAAAUUAUUAUGUAAUUGAUUCGUAAGCUUUGUGUCCUAGAUAUUUAUACAUUGUUAACAUUAUCUACGGAACAUACUUUGUUUUCCAAAAUAUCAUCAUCUAUAAUUUUGUGCUCCAGUUCUUGCUUCAGAUGCCUGUUUCUGGUUUGUAUAGAUAUCUCCUCUGUCAAAUUGAUCAUGGACGUCUAGUCUUUUGUACUAAUAGUAAAUUAAUUUUGACACAUCUUCAUUAUGGUUCAAAUUAUAAUGAUCAACAAAAAUUUGUUGUAUCUGGAACUUGUCACUUUAUACUGCGUUGUAGAACAUUAUUUUUACUUUGAGAACAUGAAAUGUAAUGAAUGGAGGAGCAUGUGAUGUUUUGAAAAGGCUAGAUGAAAAUUAUAUGUUUGUUUUUGUUUAUAAAGAUGUUGAAUGGAUCAUUGUUUUAUAUGAUGAUUAAAUUUUGAUUGUAUGU